GCUUCGCCACGGUGAUUGGCGGAAGUGAGAGCCGGGUGGUGAGGGUGUCCGGGGAUCAUGGCCGCCCCGCAGCUCCGGGACCGGCUGAGCUUCUUACACCGACUCCCAAUCCUGAUGAAAGGAACGUCUGAUGAUGAUGUCCCCUGCCCGGGCUACCUGUUUGAAGAAAUUUCUAAAAUUUCCCAUGAGUCAGUGGGAAGCAGCCAGUGUCUGUUGGAGUACCUCCUGAACCGCUUACAGAGCAAUUCCUGUCAUGUUAAACUCAAGGCACUGAAAAUCUUGCUCUACAUGUGUAGCCAUGGCUCUGCAUCCUUUCUACUUGCACUCAAACGCAAUUCUUCCUUUAUCCAGGAAGCAGCAGUAUUUGGUGGUCUCCCAGAUCCUCUUCAUGGGAAUAGCUUGUAUCAGAAAGUCCGAGUGGCUGCCCAGGACUUGGCAAGUGCUUUGUUUUCUGAUACCUUGUUGCCAUUACCUUCUACCCAGUCUCCUAGGUCCCUUCCUGCAACCGGUAUGGGAUCCCAAUCCAGUUCCUGUAGCAGUCUCCAAGGCUUUGGCUACACCAAGGACAGGGGGAGCUCUGGCUUUGCUGGUGAAGCCUUUCUCACCACCAUCCAGAAGGCUGCCGAAGUAGUGGCCAAUGCUGUGCUCCCUGGGCAUGAGAGUCCCAGUAUCCAGAGCCAAGUGCUGAGGGAGGAUACUUACCAACCUGUAGUAGCACCAACUGCUGGCCAAGGUCACUUUGGUCCCAGGAAACCACCAUCUGGACCCACCCAGAGUGUUAGAGUGAAGCACCAGCCUGGGCAGGCGGGGGGCGGCUGGGAGGAGAUGGACAGUGACCCCAGCUCCCAGAACUCAUCUCAGGAGAAUGGGGAACUCAGCAGAGCCUCCAACUCUGGCAGUAAAUCCGACAGCGACAGCCACUCGGGAACUAGCCGGGAGAUGGGUGAUGUAACAGAAAGGGUAGAGGCUGUGACACUGAGUGACUGUCUACAAGAAAUGAGCCUUGUGAGCACCGUGACCCAGGGACCUCGGGUCUUUCUGACUCGAGAGGAGGUGCAGCAUUUCAUCAAAGAGUGUGGGCUGCUUAAUUGCGAAGCAGUACUAGAACUCCUGAAUCGGGAACUUGGAAGACCCAGCGAAUGUGUUCAGAUGAGAGCCAUGUGUGCCAUCUUCUCCCUCAUGUGCUCAGAUCUGCUUUCUCAGGACCAUAUCUUCUUUAUCAUUCAACCGAAGCUGCAACAGCUUAGUGAGGGGAGCCCUGGCCCUGUGACUAACAAGGCAACCAAGAUCUUGAGGCACUUUGAGGCCCUGUGCCGAAAUCAUCCCACUCACAAAAAACCCGCAUCACAAGCCAAUACUGGUACAUCUCGCCCCUCUCUCUGCCCAACUGACCUGCUGACAGAUGUUGCUCCAUUUGCUGAAGGGGAAUCAUUCCUCCAGCCAGUGAGUUCAUCCUCUUCCCUACCCAGGGGGGGCACAGCCCCAGCAGCAGCAUCACAGCAGGAAAUAACUCCUAUCUCAGCACAGGGAGACAUGGUUCCUGGUAGAAGUGUGGAGGAGGCUGAAACCAGAUUGGCAGUUUCAAGUGAGCAGGAGCCUGGACUUAGCCAAAAUUCAUCAGGCACUGAUACUACAAAUGGCAGAUUGAAACCGGACGCCAACCCUGAAAGCAGCCUUUCAAGCCCCGCAACUGGUACUUGCUCUUUGUUUGCUGGCAUGGAGUUGGUGGCGCACACAGGUGUGGUUGUGACUGAGGCUGCUAAAGAAGAGCUGCUCCAACUAGCAUCAAGUUCUGAGGCUCCAUGGAUAUCAUCCAGAGAGGCUACCUCCCAUGAGGCUCCUAGUCCAGAACUAUCUGCCUUUGCCUUCUUAAAUGCAUGAAUGGCCAGCACUUGAGGAUGGGAUACUGUCCUUCUUCCUUGUCUUGAGGAGGACUCUGCACAUCUGUCUGCCUUUGUCUUUUGGCUUCCCUCUUACCAUGUUUUAUUAUAAUUAUGCUCAUGGGCCCUUCUGGGGACCCCAAAGUGUAAUUUCCAUUCUUGUGUUUCUUAGUCAUCCUCCCUGUUGGCUGUGUCUGCAUUCCUCCGCUGGGGGUGUUCUUACCACUUCCAAGCCAAUUCCUAAGUAAGGCAACUCUACACUAACUAAGCAGACUACUGGAAUAUCCAGUAUCCAAAUUAGAAACAGAAAGCAUCAGUGUUUAUCUUGGGUUAGAUCAGCAGCAGGAAAGGGGUAAUUAUUUUAGAUGUAUUGAGAAUGCCCUACCUAUUACUUCCUGACCAUUCAGAAAGAACUAAAACUAGGAGGUUUCUGAUCAAUGCUGAACCUUCCUCAAACAUAAAAAGAGUGAGCAGAUUUUAUCCUUGCUUAAAACUUUUUUUUUUUCCACCGUUAAUGUUUGUUUCUUCUAGAAGAACUGGUUUCAUAUUUCAGAGUCAUACAUGUGUUAUAUAUAUGUAAUUUCCCAUCGAACUUUUAAAGAAUUGGGUCCCUAGUUAGAUUGAUCAGCAUUAUUAUAGGACUCUGAUCAUUGUCAGUACAGGAAUGUGAGUGACAUAAGUGUUCUAGUACCAGAAGGAAUUCUGGCCCCUUUCUAGCAGUCAAGGAUUCUGCUUAACAAUACCUUGUGGCCUUAGGAGAGAGAAGGUGGAUCGUAGACCACAUUGCUGGGCCUUCCUGACUUUGGGGAAAAAUGAGUUUGAUAAGGUGGUGGUGGUUAGGAAACUUGGAUUUCUUGACCUAUACUCGUUCUUCCUAGAGCUUAUACCUGAGCAGACCCAUGGUUAGUGAGUCUACAGAUCCCUUAGCUAGUUCAACCAAGUCCUUUCUGGAUUCAUUUGAAAGUUUACUCUUUUAGCAAUUUAAGCAUUCAUUUGCACACUUUCAGGUGGAGCAUUGUAAAGAUCUCAUUAAGCAGGAAAAAAGAGGCCUUCAGUCCUUACAUUAGUGACUGUGUUUACUCCUUAUUAAUGAUCAAGAGGGUUUGGAGAGGAAGGAAUAAUUUUUACAUGAUCAUAUAAACCUAUAGAACUUGAGAAAAGAAUCGUUUGGUUGAUUUCCCUCCAGGGAAUCCAUUCUGUAACAUCCAGCAAAUGUCUCCUUUCUUAUCUUUCAUACUGACAGCUCAAUUCUGAGUCAUUUUGAGUGCUAAAGAUCCCGGAUUAGGUCAAGGUAGAGGAGAUGUAUGUAGUCUCAAAUGGCCUUUGGAUAUACUUUAAGGGCCAUUAGUCAAGAGGAUAUAGAAAUCUAUUCUCAGGGCUUUGGCUUGAGCUGUUAUAAUUUUCAGAUCAUUUGAAAUUGGGUGAAUCUCACAUUCUUUUGGAAGGCGGUGACUGACAUUGGAAGGAAUGUAGCCCUUGCUCUGUCCUCCUUUCCUUCCCUAUCUCUUCUUUAGCUUUGGCCUGCUCAUUUGGAUUUGGAUUCCUAUGGUGCUUGAGAGCAGGUUGCCCAAGGUGCUUCCAGAAACACUGGUCCUAUGCUUUUUGGCUCUGAAUGCUACCAAAGCCUUAGCCAGGCAGGGCUAUUCGCCAACUCCUGGUUCAAUACCCCUAGAGCAGGAGAGCUCUAAGCUAAACUCCAAGUACUUCCUUUGUUUUUAUCCUGGUGUGUGUGCAUGUUUUUCUUGAAAAUUAUUUUUUAAAGGCCUUGCCCUUCUGUUGAAAAUCUUUCUAACCUACAUGAUAAUCAUAAUAUCUGAAAGCUGUACCACCACCUUCCUCACUCCUAAAUAAUAGAGAUUUCAUAAGAAAGUGUCCAGUUGGAGGAGUGGACUCUGGGUCAAGGUUACAUCUUGUGGUCUAGAUGUUUAUUUUCUGACACUUUUUAAAAAUUCAUGUGUUGGUCUUCUGUUCACUUUCUGUACUUUUUGACCAUACUUACUCUUGCCAUAAAUUGUUUCAAACUGUGAGGAUUGGGGAGAGCCCUAGAGGCAGGGUACAGGCAAGCAUCCCAUCUCUGUGGAACUUAUGAAGGGUGCUGGUUGUUUACAUUUUCUUAAUAAACACUAUUGGAUAUUUACAA